ACCGCUGACUCACGAGCUAAAUGGGUUGAAAUGGCGGUAAACACGGCGCGUGAAUAGAAGCUAGCGGUGUUAGCUUAGUUUAGCAUGCUAAUGUGGCUACGAGUGCGACUCGGGGAAGGAUGAGCAUCUUCACAGCUUUAAUGUACGGUGUGUUUUUGACGUGCUGGUGUAUUUAAUUAUAUGGUUGGGGUUUUGUAGUCUGAAUUUAAAUUUUAUAUUGUCAUAUCACCAUACAUCUAAACAAAUAUCGUGAUACGCUAAUCCCAAUGUAUGCUAAGUCUAGCUUCUACUGAUUUUAGUGAAAUAUUUUCAAUUACAACCUCAAUUAAAGGGCAAGAUAUUAAAUCAAACCUUACAUUAUAUCACUCUUAUAUCAAAUAUUGGCAAUAUUAGCCACAUUUUUGCCAACUGUUUCUCAUUCUAACCGUACUUCAAAUGUAAACACCGGAAGACUUAAACAAAUAGACGUUUCCUAUAUCAUAUUGCCCUUAAAGUCAAUAUUUACUACUUAAAGUGCGUGAAGUGCUUAUUUUAUUCAAAUAUUUCUUAUCAACCCCAAUUCAACUACUCUCAAACGGCAAAUCUAAUGUCAAAUAAUUCUGAUGAAGGAAUAAAUGUCUUGUUUUGUACACUUCCUGAAAGCUUUUUGCAGGCCCCCCUCACCUUGUCUGAUGGCUUCCUUAACCUUCUUCACCUGCUGCAACUUGCUGCUGAUUUUCUUCUCCGGCCUUCUUGCACAUACAAAAACUUUAGCUCCCUCUAGCGGACGACGCCAGCAGCGGGAGGAGAGGUGACAGGUCCGGUUGUUAUGGUGAAGCAUUUCUCAGGAGGGGGCUGGCCGUGGCAGGCAGGCAGGAGCAGCGGGGCAGGCAGGAGCUGACACAGUGACGCGCAGUCAUCAACACAGUUGCAGCCGGGAGACCGGUGGCCGCGACCUCCAUGUGCAAAGACCCGCCAAACAGUUUCCAGUUUCCUCAUCUGCAAUGGUGACUUUUCAGAUGCAGUAGGCUUUGCACGGGCACGAUUCCAGCUUCCUGGAGCCACAAGUGUUUCCCAGGAACUGUUCUCUUUGGUUUUAAGGAUUACAAGUGCAGACGGAGCAUCUCGCUUUGAGUGAAAUUCGACUCCCAGGAGUAAAGCGUCGACCAGGUUCCCCACCAAUGACAUGGAGAGGACUCGGUUGCAAUCGUCAGUGAUGCUUUUGGUCGGGACACAUUUUUCUCACGUCUGUUUUCCUGCCUUGAUCUGAAAGAUGGCACAAAGACACUGCAGUAUAUGUCGCCCGAGAUAUUUGUCAUCUGAUCCCCCAUCAUAAGUUGAUAGUAUAGUAUAUAUUUCCUCACAAACGCAAUGUCCCGCAGGCCCUAAACACACCAGUUGUGAACAAAGAAUGUAGAUGAAACAACACUUAAAUUAAGGGGAAGCAGUUAUUUAAUGUGUUGUGGCAUCAUGGCCGCAGACCACAGCGAGUUGCUGGCCGAGAUGUCCGCCGUCGGCCGCCUGAGCGCCACCGAACGCCUCAAGCACGCCCAGCGGCGGCGUGCGCAGCAGCUCAAGGCUUGGGCGCAGAUGGAGAAGGAUGCGGCCCGCGGCUCCAAGGCCAAAGCGGAUAAGAAGAAGAAGCAGCGUACCAUAAAAGUCGCCUUCCCGAGCGCCAUCACCCUACUGGACGCAGCGGCACGCAACGACCUGGAUGAGGUAAGGGAGCUGCUCAACAGUGGCGUGAGUCCAGACCUGGUCAACGAAGAUGGACUGACCGCCCUCCAUCAGUGCUGCAUCGAUGACUUUGUGGGCGUGGUGCAGUGCCUGCUGGACGCCGGCGCCUGUGUCAACGCCUGCGACAGCGAGCUGUGGACGCCGCUGCAUGCUGCCGCCACCUGUGGGCACACCGGGCUGGUGCAGCUCCUUAUUCAGGCAGGGGCCGACCUGCUGGCCGUCAAUGCGGACGGCAACAUGCCCUAUGACCUCUGUGAGGACGAGGCCACCCUGGAGCUUCUGGAGAUGGUGAUGGCCGAACAGGGGAUAACGCAGGUCCGCAUCGACGAAUGCCGAGGAGCGAAAGAGGCGGCCAUGCUUGCCGACAUCAGAGCUCUCGUUCAGAAUGGAGUGGACUUAAACAGUCGGGAUGAUAACGGGGCAACACUGCUCCAUAUAGCAUCUGCUAACGGCUACCUGUCAGUGGCGGAGCUGCUGCUGGAGCACGGGGCUCAGGUGGAGGUGAAGGACAGUGAUGGCUGGACACCGUUACAUGCUGCCUCCUGCUGGGGACAAAUCCAAAUGGUGGAACUGCUGGUGGCCCACGAAGCCAGCUUGGACUCCAAGUCUGUCCUGGAGGAGACCCCCCUCGAUGUGUGCAUGGAUGAGGAGGUCAGAGCCAAACUGAUGGACCUCAAACACAAACACGACGCCAUCAUGAAGAGCCAGGACCGACAGAAGGGCACCCUGCAAAGACGGGCCUCUAGUACUGGCAGCAGAGGGAAAGUGGUGCGUCGCGUCAGCGUGAACGAGCGCUCCAGUCUGUACCGACGGGAGCAUCACAAAGAGGCCAUGGUCUGGCAGGAUAGGGGGCGUCAGCAGGAACCACAAGACGAGGACGAGGACCGGCAGACAGACAAUGAGCUGCAUCAGCAUGUUGCCGCAGGUGGAGUCACAUCACAUGCAGAUGAGCCACCGGCGCCCCCAGGCGGCGAUAGUAGCCUCCCCAGCCUCGGCAACGGUGGUACAUCCCUUUCUCCGUCCUCCUCUGUGCCCGGAGAACAAUGGAGCGGCGGAGGCCGCAUGGAACGCAGCGCCUCCUACCAUCUCAGCCCGACCCCCCUUCCCGGAGAGGACGACGGCACGGACAGCAUGACACGGGAAAAGUCCCACCACACUUUGGCUGACCUGAAACGACAGCGAGCCGCAGCCAAGCUCAACAAGUACCCGGCUCCUCCGCCGCCUUUGUCCCCGCCCUUAGAGGAGGAGACUCCUGCCGCGUUAGCUGAGGCGACGGGCCUCCAGACCCAGCAGGCGACACCCGGCGCCGAGUCAGCAGCAUCCCCCAGUCAAGUGUUCUUCACACCAGCCAGCGGAGACCCUCCCCUUCUGAAACUGCGGGCCCCUGAGGAAGAGCAGUCCAGCAAAGAACCUUGCUGCGGACUCAUGUAGACCCGUACAGGAGCUGGGAUCGUUUACACCCCCAACUUGGAGAAUGAGCUUAUUUCUUCAGUGUGACUCUCGUUUUAGGCCACAUGCCAAGCAGGAGUGUAACAAGUCUUGUCGUUACGCCUUCCGCAAAGAUGUGCUUCACUUAAGCCUUAGAAUAAUGCCAACAUCGCAUAUGUUGACUGCAUCGCUGCUUCCAGAAACCACCAUUCAUACCAUGUUACACUCUAUACAUUUCUAUUCAUACUCAAGUAUUCGCCUUGGAAACUUUUUAUGGUUGGCAUGAUGAUUGUUUCAUAAUACUGUACACAACAAGUUGUAAUCUAUCGUGCUUGUUUUUUUUUUAUUUUAGACAUAUCUUACUUAAGUCUACAUAUCUAUUUGCAAUGGCGCGAUAAGUAGAUUACAUCUUUCUCUUGUAUACACAC